AUGUCGGAUACGUCUAAAAUAAUCGCAAGUAAUGAUAACCAUUCGAAUGAAAUCAAUGAUGAACCACUUGAUCCACGAAUACAAAUUGAAUUAGAACGUGCAAAUGCUGCAACAAGUCAAAUAAAUAAUCUUGAAACUCAAUUAGAUAAUGCUCAAAAAUUAUUUCAAAUAAGCUUUACUAAUUGUAAACAACGUUUAGCUAACCUAGCAAAAACACUUGGUCGUUGUGUUGAACGUGCACGACCAUAUUAUGAUGCUUGUCAACAAGCUGAAGAGGCACGAUUAGAAACUCGAAAAGCUGCACAAGAAUAUCAAAAUUCUGUUGAAUUAUAUCGUACAGCAAAAGAAAAUUUGAUUCUUGCAGAAAAUAAAUUAUCAAAUUCAGAUAAUAUAACAUGGCAAGAAUAUGUUAAUCAUAUAAAUAUGAAAAUUAUACAAACUGAGCAAGAUAAACUACGUUAUGAACAAAUACAUGAAGAAAAAUCAAAAUUUUAUCAAGAAUAUGAACAACAAAGAAUAAAACAUUAUCGUUCAUUAACAAGAAUGAUUACUAAAUCAAAACCUUAUUUUGAUGCAAAAUUUAAAGCAGAAAAUGAACUUAAAAAUCAAAAAUGUCGUAUCGAAGAUGUACAAAAUGCAAUAAUUCAAGCCAAAAAAACUUAUCGUGCGGCAUUAAAUAAUCUUGAACAAAUAUCCGAUGAAAUUCAUACAAAACGUAAAAAUCAAAUUUUAAUGAAACUUCCUUUACGUGAACCAACCGUCGGUGCUGAAAAAUCCGAUGAAUUUAUAGAAUUACCUACGAUUGGUAAAUUUUAUCUAACUUCUAUUAUAUUGUGUUCUUUUUGUAUUCUUUUUUUUUUUUUUAUUACAUACUUCCCAAAUGUUGACCUUUCUGAUGACUCAUCUGAUAAUGAUUUUUCAAAAUCAAUGAAUUCAUUAUCAAUUAAUACAAGUACGGAUUGCAUUUAUCCAUCAUCUAACAUUAAUAUGUCUAAUAAUCUUUCACCAUUAAUAAUAAAUAAAUUUCAAAAUAACUCUAGUACACAAACAAUUUCAAGUGUAAAUAGUGAAAAUGAUCAACAACUACGAAAACAUAUGAAAACACGUAAAAAUGGUAGAAUAAAACCAAUAGAAAUGUUAAAGAAUAAUGAAACGCCAUUGCUUUCGCAUCUUUUUGGAACACAUAAAUUUCAUAGUGAUUCAAAUUUAAAUAGAAUAACAAAACAAUAA